AUGAGUAUGCGAGAGCGGAAGCGCCAAAAUAUCCACAGUGCAUUCCGCUCGGCAUCUCGCCGGACUAUGUUAGCGGCUGGGACACAACUGCGGCUUUUAGAGAACUUUAUCAAAACUGUUAAGCAACCACCGUACAUGAAAUUGGAAAGACAGACGUUAGGGGUUAUUAGAUACGAGAAAGAAUCAGGCAAAGUUAUUUUAGUAAAUAUAUGUGCCCAGCUUUGGCCCGAGUAUCUCCAGCUCAGGAAAACAUCGAAGCACAAAAAGACCAAUCUUGCCGGCUGUCACGGAGAAGGACUCAAAAUCGCAACGAUGGUCAUGUCUUGGAAUGGUUAUGCUGUCAAGAUUUAUUCGAAUAGCUAUACAUGGAGUUUCUGCUUUCAGGGCCUGACAGAUUCUCAAAUGCACUGUCUGAUCACUCCUGCAACAGUCCUCCCUUUGGCUCAGGUUAAUGUUGCUCAAGAUACCAAUUGCUUCGUUCCAUGCAUCUGUAGAGAUGUCUCUAUUAUAAUAGAGCGAGGCCACGAUGGAUCUCGCGUUUCCUUGGAGGAAUUCAGAAGAUGGCUGACUGUGUCGCUAGAUAUUCGCGGGUUUUCAUAUCCCGCAUCUAUUGUAGAAACUGAUCAUGGGAAUUUAAUAUUAGACCCGGACUACCAAGGCAAAGUCUAUCUGAAAGGGCUGUAUCUUCCAUCGCCGUCUUCGGAUGCCCGUUCAUAUAAGCUUGGCUAUAACUUUGCGGAUGGCAAAGUGAAUUGUGACAGGCAUAGAGAGUUGAUUUGGAAGUUUCUUCUCAAAGAAUCAAAUGGCAGGCAGUUUUUUUAUUGCGAUCGCUUCGGGCCUCACAGCUUUGACACGAUCAAAGAGGGUCUGAAGAAAGAACCCAUUUCUUUACCAGACAUCCUUUGGAACAUGUUACGGGCAAAUUCGCUUUUAAGAACAGCGAACGAGGAGCAGUUCUAUUCGUUCAAGAAAGCUAAAAUCUGCAAGGUUCCAGAAACGUUAUUUGCAAAAAACGUUGAGAGAGGUCUAAAGGCCUCGAUGGCACUGUGGAAGGUGAUCGAGAAAAUCGAGUUUGUAGAGAGUCGAAAUGUAAAUGUGGAAAUGGUGUUUGAUCCCGGCGAGAACUCACUCAAAGUUCACAACCAAUGGCUAGAUUAUGGUGCAAUGCACACUAAAUACAGAUGCCGUUCUAUCGUCCCAAAGGACAGUUUCGUUUGCGAUCAUAUUGUGGAGGAACUCGUGCGAGGAGUGAUGGGAGUAAUAUUUAAGAAGUUUAUCGCACGCGACUAA